UGUUAUCUGUGGCUGUAUCUGUCAGAGUCAGACAUUGAUCCAAAAUCGUGUAAAAUUUAAGGAAUAGUAGAAUAAACUACGAUACUUAAUAUGUCUCUGAUCAAGACAAAUAUGCUUGUGCGGUCGCUGAGCACAUCUGCCGCAUCUCAACUCAUCAAACCUUCCGUUCAAGUGUUCGGCUUGGAAGGCAGAUAUGCUACUGCUUUAUAUUCUGCGGCUUCCAAAUCCAAGAGCUUAGAUGUUGUGGAAAAAGAGUUGCGCCAGUUCCAGCAGUCUAUCAAGGCUGAUGCUAAACUGAAAGAAUUUAUCAUCAAUCCUACUUUGAAGAGAAGUUUGAAAGUGGAUGCCUUAAAACAUGUUUCAUCAAAGAUCAACCUCUCAGCCACUACUAGCAAUUUGUUGGGCCUUAUGGCUGAAAAUGGUCGACUUGGCAAAUUAGAUGCUGUUAUCAAUGCCUUCAAGAUCAUGAUGGCUGGUCACAGAGGUGAAGUAACUUGCGAAGUAAUCACCGCAAAACCUUUAGAUCAAGCUCAAACCCAAAGCUUGGAAGCUGCUUUGAAGAAAUUCCUGAAAGGUAAUGAGACAAUCCAACUCACAGCAAAAGUUGAUCCUGCCCUGAUUGGUGGAAUGAUUGUAUCUAUUGGAGACAAAUAUGUAGACAUGAGUGUUGCCAGCAAAGUUAAGAAGUACACAGAGAUCAUCAGUGCUGCCGCUUAAAAAAAAUGCAAUAAAAUCAUCUAGAUGAUAUGCAAUCAAUCAAAUGAUGGAUUAGUAAACGAUUAAAUUAAAUGAUAUGUUACAGUC